AUGAAAAGUCACAUCUUUGCUCCAUUUUGCAUGUACAAAGAUGUAGACCUAUACAACUGCUCUUUCGAUACUUGCAAAAACCUUGAAGCUGCCUUUGCAGAUUUGGCAAAGAAGAUAUCCGAGGUCAAAGAGAAGAAUCUAGACACGUCGGCAGACGCCGAAAUAGACAUAUUCGAGUUGUUAUCCUCUUUGGUAAGACUGUGUACUUUCAAUGAAUGGUACGAUGAGAAGGAUGCACUCACAAGCAAUGUCCUCCCGUGUCUACUCUGCUACCACUUUAUCAGUCCACUGCUUUUUAAAAGGAUCAGACCGAAAAUCAAGGACGGCUCCUUCCAGCGUGUAUUGUACGAAAUGUGUCAGUCCAUGGAAGCAUCAGAUGUUAAAAUAGGCAUUUUAAGCUACUACACAUAUCUUGAUUUGAAUCAUCAUGAACUUUUAGUGCUUAAGUCGCCGUUUGCAUACUCCUUAAUCCCGAGUUUACAGAUUUGUAAAGACUUACUUGGUAAUUUGCUUGAGGUGAUUGAAAAUGAUACAAAUUCUGAAUUGGAUAAUGUCAGCUUGUUCGAAUGCUUGCAAACGUGCAUUUCAAGCUCCUCGGUACGCACUACUAGAGAAUUAAUGUCCAUCAUGAUCAAGAAUGAUGAGGAAUUACUUGGUAAGCUAGACGGUCUUCUUUCCAGGCCACAGGUGAGCCGCAUGACGGAAUUGAAUGGACGCUGUAUCGAACUAUUGCUAGAUAGAACCAUUUUAACGCUAAUUUCCAACGGUAUCGACUUAGCUAAAGACGGUGAAUCAAUUCUAGGUAAAAGGUGGAAAGCUAACAAAGGCAAAGAUUGUAGAAGUUUCAACAGAUUUUCACCUCAAAAUCCAGAAUCCGUUCAAAACUCUUUAGUCUUUAUCAUGGAAUGCGUUGAACAUGGUCCCAGCUUAGAAAUCAUGAAUUCUAAAUCAUUACUGCUCUACUACUUCCUUUCAAUGAGAAAUUUGAAUUCAGAAUUGAACAAGCAGAAGUUAGAAGUUUAUAACCAGUUCAACAGGACUAGGUGUACCAUUUCGUUGAACCAUUUGCUCAUCAAUACCAUUUUCAAUAUUUGUACAGAAGUGAUCGAAUCUAAAAAGAAGCCGUUUGAGUUUCCAAGUGUGAUGAAAAGGCAUUUUGAUAUUUUCAUGUUACCACCUAUGGCCAAAGCAAAUUAUUUAGUAGAAACCCUGGAGGAAUCGUUGGAGAUUAAAAUGUCUAACAGAAAUCAGAAUCUUAGACACAUAUCAGACACACUAUUAUUGACGUGGAACAUGUUGAUCGAAGUUUUUCCUGAGGAGUUCUAUACUUUGCCAGGAUUGGCAGAUAGUAAAAGUACAGCUAUCAAAAUUCUCAACAAUACAUUAGAUUUAUUCUUGAGUAUCAUCUUUAGCUCAAGUUAUUUGAUCUUGAAUGAUUCUAUAAAUAUUGGGAGCGAUGCAUUCAAGCUUAUUGGGACAGUUAUAUUAAAGAGGGCAUUGUCGACCUUUUUUAAUCUUUCAAUGAGCUUUUAUCAUUCGGAGGCACAAGCUGAAAUGACGCUUAAAGCAAUUUGCUUAAUUAAUUAUGCAGAUAAACUAUGCAAUGCAAGUCUUGAGUAUAUACCUGUCGUUGAGAAGGUACUCAGUUUGGUUGAUCUUGUGGAAAUAUUUGAUUCCGAUUUGUCGAAAGCCAAACUACUCAAAUUUGUGACGCAGUAUGAUCAUUCUUACCGCAGUGUCAAGGUAUUCUUAUCUGGGGGUGAAUUAAUAGAACCCACUUCAACAUCGUCAACUGACACCUACACAUCCAUAUCCUCCGAUACUGCAAGUACCAAAGUGCCCAUAAAAGAUUUUAUGAUAUACUACGAAGAUGAAAAAUUGGAAGCACUAAGCGGAGAUUUCAACAAUCAAUCUCUAGGUUCAUCAAGUUCCUCGUCACACUACGCUGCUAAUCAUCAAGCUAAGAGAAAUGAAUUGUUUUCAGCAAACAGAAAUAGUUUACACUAA